UCGCCUUGAACUCUCGUCUUUCUGCACAAUACUAUAGUGUCGCCUCGCAGUCGUAUCGAAACGGUUUUUAUGUUAAAGUCGCUGGCGCCACAUCUUCACAAGAGCGUGUUUCAAAUAAUAAAAACUCGGAAAAACUUAGCCGCGCAGUUUUAAUUCCACCGUGUUAACUUAUUCACCUCAGAGUUUCUCUUUGUUUACUGUCACUUGUUGUUGAAUGGUCGCAGAAACCGUUUUUUUUUUGUGCCAGAGAAGUGAGAGGAAAUUGAGCUUAAUCGGUUCAGUGAGUGUCGUUUUAGUGCUUUCGAGACAACAACAUUAAUGCCAGAAUUAUUAAUCCAACAUCGAACUGGACCGAACAGAGAAACAAACAUUUCACUAAAAAAAAAAAAAAAAAACUGUAAACAGAGAUAAAAUAUAACCGGUUAGGGUUUUAUAUAUAUAUAUAAAACAUAUGUAUAUCCUGCAUGUUGUUUGAACAGCAGAGUAUUUGAUCCAGUAUGAAAAGGUUCGAAUCCCACAACCAGCUGUAGUUCCUUUGAGAAAGGUGGAUGGAGCUGUACGAGGAGUUCGUGGGGCGUCUGCGCUCUCGGUUGCUGGGGGUGUCCCGCGCACCGAUCCCCAGAGACCCGACCGCCCGAGGCUCGUCUUGCAUCCUCUUCCAUGGCUCGGCCAUCCUGCCCCCCAUGCUCACUGAGCAGCGGAGAGAGGAAAUGUUGAGAUACAAAGAAGAGACCUUGAGACUCCCGAGGCAGCGGAAGACAGCGGAAUGCAACCCAAGGAUGCUACGUGUUCGGAUGCUCCUCGACAGCGUCCAGGUGAGAAGGGCACCGUCGCUCAAAGAGUUUGUCCAAAGCAAGGACACCACUUUCGUGACACAAAGUGCCCACUGCCUGGGUGCAAACACUGAGUUCUCGUCCCGAACGGACAGAAUAGACUGGGCAAGCGUGCCCCUCCGGGACCUUCCCCUGCCAGUGUGUUCUACAUUGAAACCAAUGCAUGAUGGGAAGGUGGAUGACAUCACGUCUCACACCUUGGCGUGCGCAGCCAGAGGUUCGCUGGGUGCAAAAGGGUUGAGUAUGAGUUCAGAAGUGGACAAGCGUAGUAGGACCCAGGAUUCCAUAGUGUGUCUAGAGGCAGGCGAUACAGGACAAGAGCAUCCGGAGCGAGUCGUCUCAGAGCCGACGCCACCUUCCGACUCCGUCCACAUUAACGCACUGAAUACGGAGCGUGUCGGGCCUCAGCUGGGCUCAGCUCGUAGCAUCUUCUGGAGCUUUCCCAGGCCGCAGCUGUCUUGCAGUCCCACUCGCCGUGAAAAGGGGGGUGGUUUCACAAGAAAGCUGUUUGUGAACACUGCCCUACCCGUGAGCAGCGAUGCUGACAAGGUGGGCUGCCCGACAAUGGGGGACGAGAAUUUCAAGGAGAAGAUUCUUGACCGCUCCAUGCAGAUCGGCCAACUGGAGAUGUGCCUGUCCGGCCUGAAAUCCUCGAUCUCUGACCUGGGCACCAUAUUAGUGUGGGAGGAUGAUCCGACAGAGAAGCAAUGUCCCAAGGACAAGCAGCUGGCCUGUGCUCGCCGUGUGUUGUUCCCUGGGUUGACGCUCGCUGAAGGAGGACUUGUCGGGCCUGACUGCUGCAUGACAAAUGCAUCCACGUUCACCCCAGGGGACAUCGGCUACCGGUGGGCGGUGGAGGACUGUCGCCCCUCGUUAAACCGGUCUUAUGACGUGGAGGCCCCUUCAGGCUUGUGGCUGCAGGCUGAGCCAGACCAGGGUGCUGACCGGUGGGGGGACGCGGGGCUGUGUAUCCCAGAGCCCGCAAGCUACGUCCUGCAGUCCCAGGCCAAGCAUAGGCUCCUCGUGGGACCUUCAGCCGAGAGUGCGUGCAGGGUGCCAGGCAGCAGAGCAGAGGGAAAGCAGAGUUGCAGCGCCUCUAAAGGUGCGCCAGGCAGAAAAGGUUCGCAGUGCUCUCCAUCCCCUGCUGCAUCAGGGCUCUGUGAAAGACAUCGUUUAACAGAUUACACAAGCGACGUACGUGACUUUGUCCCGCAGACACCCUGUCUCCUCGCCUCGCAUGUGCGCCCCCUGGUGGCCGCUGCAGUCAAGGGCUUCCUCACAAGGCGCCUGCUUCGUACAGAGCAAGUGGCACAGCUGCGACGUGUUGUCACGGACUCCCAGGACUUCCUGUUGGCGUUUCAGUCUGAGACGCCCACGGGGGGCACCCUUGUCAGCCAGCAGGACCUGAUAUUGCUGGAGCGAGUGUUACUGCAGCUCCGCUCUGCCCUGUACGAGAUCCACGACAUCUUUUUCUGCUGCACCGUUGGUGAGAGGAUGAAGAUGAUAUCCGGGGACCGUGAGCUGGCCAGAGCAAGAGAGCUGAAACGCCUGGAGAAGGAAGAAAGGCAAAGCCACCAAGUUCCCGGAACCGCUAAGUCCCUGGAGAGGAAGAGGAGCUGGACGGUGCAAAAGGCGCACGAGGAGAGGCAGCAAAAGGUUAAGGGCAGGGAUGGCUGUAGACGCGUCUGUGAGCGUGUCUGUCAGAAGAGCGUCUCCAUCCUGUCCGGCAGGCUGUGAGGAACCAGAGCGCCCCAUCGUUCCUUCGGGAUGUGUAUACACACACACACCCCACCCUGUUUUUCAGUUAUUCUUUAAUAAAAG